AGAGUUAAGAUGGAGGACCAGUUCGUUGUAAGGAUGUGAAUGAUCGCAGGGCUGGUUUUGUUAGCUUCCCCCCUCCCUUCCUCCCUUUAAUUCCCCCCCCCCCUCCCUCUUCCUCCCCGGACUUAUGGAGGUCCUUACAGUAUUACAACAUGCAUAGGAAGGGCAAUGGAGAGCUCCCUUUGCCGGAUGGUUGGGAAGAAGCGAGAGAUUACGACGGUAAAGUCUUUUAUAUUGAUCACAACAGCAAGCAAACGAGCUGGAUCGACCCCCGAGACAGAUUUACCAAACCCUUGACAUUUGCAGAUUGUGUGGGGGAUGAGCUCCCUCUGGGUUGGGAGGACGCCUACGAUCCACAGAUUGGCAUCUUUUACAUUGACCACAUCAACAAAACCACACAGUUAGAGGACCCACGGGCGCAAUGGAGGAAAGAGCAGGAGCGGAUGCUGAAGGAUUAUUUGAUGGUGGCUCAGGAUGCUCUCAGCACUCAGAAAGAACUCUACCAUGUGAAGGAGCAAAGAUUAGCUCUGGCCAUUGACGAGUAUGUGCGCCUCAAUGAUGUCUGGAAAGACAAGAGCAGUUCACGGACCAGUUUAUUCUCAGGAUCUUCAUCAAGCACAAAGUAUGAUCCUGAUAUCCUUAAGGCUGAAAUAACAACCACAAAAUUCCGGGUAAACAAGCUGAAGAGAGAGCUAUCCCAGAUGAAACAAGAACUGUUCUACAAAGAGCAAGGGUUUGAAACCCUUCAAGAAAUUGAUCGGAAGAUGUCAGGAGUCCACAGUGGUUAUGAACUGAGAGAGGCCAAAGCCAUCUUAAGUGAACUGAAAACCAUCAAGAAGGCCAUUAGUACGGGGGAGAAAGAGAAACAAGAUCUAAUGCAGAGCCUCGCCAGAUUGAAGGACCGAUUCCAUUCCAACCAGCACCGGGGAACCUCUGAGUCAGACUUGCAGUCCAAUCCAGGCAAUUCCCAUCUCUCCAUCUCCAGGCAGUGCCUAGAUGCUGGCUCCCAAACGGAUAUCAUUGGUGACUUUGGCCCAAGAAGCCAAGCCAAUCUGGCAGACAAAGUCAGGCUAAGUCUUCAGUAUGAAGAGGCAAAGAGAAGAAUAGCAAAUAUCAAAAUUGAAUUGUCAAAGCUGGACUCCGAGGCCUGGCCAGGGCUGCUGGACAUUGAGAGAGACAGGUUGAUGCUAAUUAAUGAGAAGGAAGAGCUCCUGAAGGAACUACAGUUUGUGACGCUACGGAAGUGCUCACAAGAUGAGCAGGAGCGGCUAGAGGCAGAGAGGAAGCGGUUGGAAGGGGAGCUUCAUUCUGCACCGAGCACACCCAGUGAAGCGCUAGCUGAGAGACUAAAAUUGCAAGAAAAGAGGAAGGGUCUUGUGCAGCAGCUUGAGGAUGCAACCCAAUUAACCAUGUUUCUACACUCACAGCUCAAAAGCCUUUCAGCAAGCACACUGUCUGUGUCGUCUGGGAGCAGCUUGGGAUCGCUCACGUCAAGCCGGGGCUCCCUAAACACGUCCAGCAGGGGUUCUCUCAACUCCCUUAGUUCCACCGAGCUUUAUUACAGCCACUCAGACCAAGCAGCUGACCUGGAGUACCAGUACAAGCUGGACUUCAUGGUGCAAGAUAAAGUCACUUACAGUCCCUCAGGGCCCAUAACCACCAUCCACGAAAAUGAGGUGGUGAAAUCCCACAAGGAUCCGCGCUGUGAAGAAUCUACUGACUCCUCUGCUUCAGGACAUCCCAUGAAAUCUUUAGUUGAGCCUUCAAAGUCAGUGACGUCCUUGUCCUCCAGAUCUUCGCUCUCUUCCCUGUCUCCUCCCAGCUCGCCCCUGGUCUCGGACAUGGUGUUUUUGUCCUCAGCCCAAGAGUCACCUUUGCAUCCUCUGGCGGCAGACUUUGAAGACUGCGAAUUGCACCAGGAUUUCGUCAGCCUCAGCCUGUAUGGUAGCAGUGAGAGCCAAAUGUUGCUGGAACCUGAACGGGCCAGCAGGACUCGAGUGCCUUACCUGAGCAUGGAGACAGAGAUUCGAAGCAGAGCUGGACAUUUCCUGAAUGAGGCUAAAGGCCUCAGUGAUGAACUAGCAGUUCCCCACUCUACCCUGAAUGAAGGCAUUGCAGGUGUUGAUUUACAACGAGGAGCAGGGGCACAUCUACUCGAAGAAAAAGUGGCAUGUGUUUCAGCUGCUGUCUCUGAUGAAUCUGUUGCUGGAGACAGUGGGGUUUAUGAGGCCUCUGUCAAACGGCCAAGUGAAACGGAAGAUGUUAUUUAUGAUGAAGAUGAAGCUUCCACAUUAGAAGCAGCUCAAAUCCAGAUCGGACUGAAGUAUGAUCCCACCAAUGGGAGUUUUAUUAUAAUUCUCAUACAGCUGAGAAAUCCGACUGCUCUACUUGUGUCCCCUGGAUGUAAAGUGUACAUCAGAGCUGCUUUGCUUCCGAGUUCAUGUGACUCCAGCAGCCUUUUCCGCACAAAGGUUCAUAGUGUUGCAGAGACUCUCGUCUUCAAAGAGGUAUUCAGGGUAGCCAUUACCCAGGCGGCUUUACAUCAGAAGACACUGCGAGUGGAUGUAUGCACUGUGGGGAAGACGCAGUUGGAGGAUUGUCUGGCUGGGACCCACAUCAGUCUGGCAGACCUCUGCAGCAAAGGGGAGACUUCCACCAGCUGGUACAACAUGCUGCAUUACAAGAACAUGAAUAUUCAUAAUCCAAAGAACAAAGCACAAAGAAAGGAAGCCUUUCUCAUGCCACAGCUUUGCAGCGCUCUAGACAAGGAUGCUGUGUCCGCACUGCUGGAGAGGACAUCUGUUGAGCUGCAGGCAGUGGAGCAGGAACUAGCUACAGAAGACAGAGAGGCUGUACGAGGCGAGGAGUGGCUGCAGAUGCUGGUGGAAGAUACUGCUGAGGCACAAGAUGAAGGGGAUCACAUUGACAAGGAGAUGGAGGCAGAAGAAGAUACUGCAGAACCGACUGUGUUUCAAGAAACACCCCAGAGUAUGACUGAUGAAGAAAGUGUUGAUGUAACAGAGACAGAGACAGCACUACCAAUUCUGGUGGACAAAGAAAUGAACACAGAUGAAGCUAUGGUAGAGUGUGUGGCUGUUAGGCCAAAGGACAGGACUAACCUGAAUAACAGGCAACAGCAUUUUGUGAGGAACAGCAUGAUAGUAAGAUCCCAGACCUUUUCUCCAGGAGAAAGAAAUCAAUAUAUUUGCAGGUUGAACCGAAGUGACAGUGACAGCUCCACAUUAGCCAAAAGGUCACCUUUUGUGCGCAAUGCCACAGAGAGACGAAGCCUGAGAGUUAAAAGGACCAUAUGUCAGCCUCUGGUGAGAAGAACCGCUGAGCACCCUAUUCGCACCUCUCUGGACUUGGAGCUGGAUCUCCAAGCAUCACUGACGUGGCAGAGUCGGCUGAAUGAUGAGCUACAAGUGCUCAGGGAACUGAAAAAUAGGUUGGAGGAGGUGAAAGCUAAGGGGGAGACUGAACUACCCACAUGGGUGCUGGAGGAUGACAGGUUCCAGAAGCUUUUGAAACAAGCAGAAAAGCAGGCUGAGCAAACAAAAGAAGAACAAAGGCAGGAGUGGAAGGCUGAAAAGCUGAUGAGGAAAGCGUCAAAAGAGGUGUGCAGGCUCCGAGAGCAAAGCCAGAAGGUGCCACUCCAGGUUCAGUCAUUCAGGGAGAAGAUGGCAUUUUUCACCAGAGCAAAGAUCAGCAUCCCAUCACUACCUGCUGAUGACGUAUAAUCCAGUUUAUCAUUUAGAUUACAAAGUAUUUUUCAGCAUUUUAGCAGAUUUUGAUAGCUGGCUAAAAGUCUUUUCAAGCAUUCUAAUGAUAUAGAUAUAAACUAUUUGUAAAUUAAUUGCAAUUGAAUACCUCUGUAUGUAAAAAGCAAAGGUUUUUUUUGUCAUAGAAAAACCAAAGUAGUGUAAUUCUGAAGCAGUUCAUGCUAAUUUUGUACAGUUUGUAUGUAAUUUUUUGGAAUGCUUUUGUUUUGUAAAGAAGGGAAACGUGAAUGGAGGCAGUCCAGAAAAAUGUAUUCUGUUGAACAGCACUACAUUUUAGAAGAAUAAUUCCCCCAACCUCUCCUCAGUUUCCAAUCCCUCACCUUUCCCUUUCAACAGAAGAUAUUUUAUUCUUUGUCAUGUUUGUGUAAAAUCAGACUGUGAUUGUGACAGUGAGCCACGGAUUAUUUUUGUACAAGGGGUGUGAGGCUGUUUUUUUAAAUUGUGUUCUUGACUCUGUGACAGUGCUUUCCUUUCACUUCACAUGUCCCCACCACCCCCACAUCCUAACCUGUUGUACUUCUGUUCUAACCCAAGCUCAGCAACUGAGUGGCAUGGGUCGUGAUAAAUCCAUAGCUCCCUCCUGUGUAAAGUGUACAAGUCUAUGUGUUGUUCAGUCUUGCUUUUGUUUUGUUAUACUGGAACUAGAGGCAACUUCACACCUCCAUGGUCAAGUGAAUGGUUCAUUGCAAUUCUUAUUUCUUACACAAAUACAAAAAUAAUCAUUUGACCCUCAGCACUAUUUUUUUGCCAGGAGUUAUUAAAUUGUGUAUUUCCAAUCUAAAGGAAUAAAUUUACAAAUAAACCCUGUGAUUAAUAUUUAUUAAGUGAGUUGUAAUUUUAAUUGGCAUUGCAUGCGGUAGAGUCUCUAAUCUACCAGUUUAAUUGGUGUGAUCAAUAUUUUAAAAAGUGAGUAAUUUGUUUUAAGAGCAGUUUACCCAAAUUCCCCUGAACUAGGGUAUCCCAUUUUAAAAAACACACAAUCUCUUUGAGGUUCAGUGUGUCCAUGCAACUGGACCACAAAAUUUAGCAAGAUCUCUUGGUCAUUUCCCAGCUUGUGCCAAAUGAGUUUACAGUAUCUCUGCCUAGUUGGCUGGUGCAUGUACUAUAUAUCCAUAAUGUAUUUGAGUGAGAGAGGCAUGGCAAACAAAAUCACAAUAUAACAUUAAAACUAAUCAUAUGUUCUCUAAGCAACCAAUGCACAAUUUCUGUGGAAUGCUUGAAACAUUUAUUAUUCCUAGCCUGAGCCCACAUAUUGGAAAGUGCACAACUAUAGAUGUGGUUGAGGUUAGAUUUAGCUGUGAUGCCCAUCUCUCCUUUCACCAACUUUACAUGCAAGCUAAAGAAUGACUGAUCUAGCAUUGUUUUGGAACAUGCUGGUUAGGUAGCUGGUGACUGUGAACCCAUACAAUCAUGCCUUCAGAAGAAGGGAAGAAUAUCGCCAGCUGGAGAAGAAGACAUUAAAAACAAGUUAGACUUUUACCCUUGCAGAGUAUAGAUGUAAAAUGUUACCGAGGUUCUUAAAAGGUUAAAACUGACCAGGUUCCUAAUCACCUAUAACCAAAACAUUUGAUAUUCAGGGUCUAGACCAAAGUGAUGUAUACAUUUUCACGUUCCCUGAUAAAUGGUGAUUCAGCCCGUCCUGGGUUAAAAAGCACCCAGCUGUACAUAAUAACGAGUUCCCAUAAUAUUACUAAAUUCAAAAUUCCAAUGCACGUACACAUGUUCAUUCCUACAAACAGCAAAACUAAUUUCAUCUCUCUCUCCACUUCUAGUAAUUGUUCUUUCUUAUCAGUCUUGUGUGCUUUUGAUGCCAUGCAUAACCAUACUGUGGAAGUAUGUACAAUAUCGAAUGACUUGUGUAUUUUCUGACAUGGACAAAAUCGACCCGUGGAUGUGUGUGGAAAAAAAAACUGAACCCACUUGUUACCUGAGGACGGCCUGUAGCUGCAGAAAAGUGGGGGGUGGGGUUGCGGGGAAUCAAUAUUAUUCUUUAUGUAACCCUAUGAAAUAUUGAUAAAGUUCUAAAUUCUAAUUAAAGAUGGCCCCACUUUAUUUUCCCUGAAUGCAUCUUCUGGAAUUUUGUCACUAUAGAUCAAAUAGUCAUUGUAGAAUAAAAACUGCAGAAGCAUUCUUUACAAAAAAUGUAGGUGAAUGACUCCGACCAGCCCAUAUUCAUUGCCCAUCCAUUUGCUAUUAUCCGUAAAACCAAGUGACUUGUUAGGAACUAAAAACUAACAAUGUUGAGGGUUUCUUGAAUCCUGAGUAUGCAAGUCCUUUUGCCCCUGAAAGACUUAAGUUAUUAUUAGACUUUUAUGGCAGCUAUUAUUCUUCAUGGUAACAUUUCUAUUGCUGACCUGUAGAUGGCUAGAUUUCUUGAAUCUAAUUCCAAAACUUGUCACUGAGAUUUAAACCCAUGACUUGAGACUGGUAGUCCAAUACUUAUAACCACCACAUUAACAUAAUUUAGCAAGGAAUUAUUUAUACAUUGGUACCUCAAACUCAAAUCAUCCACUUAUGUCUUAGAUAGUAUAAAUCAUAUUUUGAACUGAGUAUUUUACUGAGAAGAAAAGUUAAAAUAAAGAUCAGGAAGUGGACUUCUUAUUUAGGGUAUUGCCAUGGUCUUGUUGUAUAGUGAAAUGGAAAGCAUAUUCUUUUUGAAUAUAUUUACAAACUUGCUACACCUAGAUACCAGAGCAGGUUUAGAUAUGCAAAGCUCUCAGAACUCCUUACCUAAGAACAAUGUCUGAACAUAGGCUGCAUUUGGGGCAUGUGGUGACGGUUCUACAAAGUAUGGUUGAAUCCCAUGUCCUUUCUGUAAAAUUGAUCAUAAAUCAAGCAAUGAAGCUCUAAGAUCCCUCUGAGUUUUUACAUGCUGUCUAAUCUGAUGUAAAAAUAAAUUCAGAGGGCAAAACAGAUGGACAGGAUCUAAUGGCAAAGGAUAAUUACUGCUCUUGGAUUUAGUAUUUCUAAACGAAAGGAACUGGAUAUUUGACUUUAUCAGGUUCCAGAUGGACUGUACUGGAGACAUGAAUUUAAACAUUGUUGUGAGGAUUGAUUAUAUUUCUCAUACUGUGUGCUCAUGUUUCAAUUUACCUAAUGUUUUUGAGAAGAUGGUGCCUGAUUAAAAUGCUUUUCCCUUGGGUGUGCCAUCUUCUUUCACCUAGUAUUAUCCUCCUCUCCCAUGUCGACAUUGCUUUUCCUGUAAGGCCAUCCUUAGUUUCCUCAGUCUUCACUUGUAUUUGACUACUAAAAGGUGUGCCACCAACAUCAUACAAGGUCAACAUUAAGCUGGAAAUUCUGUGACUAUUUAAUGUGGAACUAAAUGAAGUAUAUUGUUUCAGCUUGCAUGUGUAUGUCUCAUAUGUGUAAAAAAAAGUAUUUACAGUGAAAUUCUUGGAAUUGUACCUUUUAAGCCUCCUGUUUAUUUAUUGCAGACUUAUUUAUGUUUUGUUCUGUAUAGUUCAGUUCUGGACAUUUUAGGGUAUUUUUCUAUCAAUACUACACUUGGCACAAUCUGGCAGUCAGCUACUUUCAUGAAAACAGAUGAAUAUAUUCACAGAAUGCUGAUUAAAAAAAAACAAUUCAAUGAGCCAAAAAUGCUGGAAAUUUCACUAAUUUACUAUAUUGUCAUCUUUAGUUUGUACCUUGCAUUUUGCAAGCAGUCACGGUGGAAUACCUACAAAUAAGUAAAGAUUCAGGCAAGAACCAGGAACUUUUAAGACACUCCUCUGUCAGCUUUGUUUCUCUUCAUACUUCAUGGUUGAUUCAUUAAAAUCCUUGAACUAUUAACACUGAAAAAUAGCCAGAAUUUCUACUUUUGAUUUAUAAACUAGAUUAUUUUUAUUAUAAAAAUUAAGGUUGUUACUACCAUGGACUUUGAUAAGGAAAUCAAUCAUUUAAAUUUGUUUUUGACACUUAUUUUUUUGUUAAGACACAAUUUUAUAAAAUUCUUUUCUUUUUAUACAUGUAUAGAAGUGCUGAUAAUUUAAUUCUUUCCAUUGGCUCACUACUACAAUAUACAAUGAUAAAUCAUUAUACCAAUUAUAGCAAUGCUCAUGACUCCAACUCACUUAAUUUGUGUCCAAUGCUGUGAUUUUUUUUAUAUAAAAAUGAAAAAGAAAACUAUCAAGGAUAUUUUAUCUUUCAUAUUGAAUGGCAUUUAAAUGAAUAUACAAAUGUGAGUACUGCAGUGAUAUGUACUUAAUGCAACACUGUAGUCUUACCAAAAAUAGUGCUUUUAUGAGGUCUUAAUUCCAACUGCUUUAUUUGCUCUUGGAGGACUCUUGUUUUCAAAUGCUCAGAACUGAACUAGCUAUCUGAACAUGUUACCCUCAGAUUAUGGCUUUCAUUCUAAUUUUUAGAUUACCUGUAGUCUGCAAAUAAACCAUCACAUUGAGUAUUGUGGUCUCAGCA